AUCAUCAUUCUGUUGAAAAAAUGCGUAAUAAAAUCUACGCGACGCUAGACCACAAAUUGUCGACUGACGAUGAACCGAAACACGACAAAUGCCCGCGCGAAGAAAAUUCAUAGUGCUCAUGGCAGAAGGCACAGGCUACUGGAUCAGACCAUACGCAUAAACCAUCUCUAUCUCAAGAAGUUUACGAAGCGAUUUCUCCAAUUUAUGGAGAACGAAUUAAGCCGUGACGAACUGCUUUCUCGUUGCAACGGCGGCUUUACGCAAAAUAGCAACGAGAGCUUCAACGCCACAGUCUGGUCAAUGGCACCGAAAUCGACUUCCAGCGGCAAACAUAUUCUUAACACGGCAGUUUAUAUUAGUGUAGGCAUAUAUAAUGACGGCCUAUCAACUAUCAUGAUGCUCAUGCAGAAUUUGGGUAUGACAAUUGGGCCGAACUGUUAUAACUUCUGCGUGGAAACCGACGAGCGCCGCAUCGACUUUUCCGAGAGGUCGCUUAGCGAUGCCGCAAAAAAGGCCCGAAUAUCCUUAAAAGCAUCUAGGAAAGAAGAGGAAGAGGCGAACAUCGACCUGGAUGGCCAAAUGUAUGGUGCAGGCAUCGCAGAUUAGAGGACUCAUACAUGCCGAGAAAUCCGUCCUCCCGUGGCGGUGUUUUCAAAAAAGCUGUUUUCGACGACGGGCUCUGUCACCGCCAUUUUGUAUAAAAAUGACAAAAAAAAUUUAAAAAAAUUUUUUUCGUACUUCAAUAUGUGUAAAAUAAACCCUCUGAAAAGAAAUUCUAUUCCGUUUGUCAUACUCCCAAAAUAAAUUGUCAA